GGGGUUUGUGUGUGUGUAUGAGAGUGAAGACGUGUUAAAUCGUAUUUGGUUAACCAUUGAACUUUGUAUUUUUAAUCAUGCAGCAGACAUAUAUUUUUCCUUAAACUUGUUCUUUUGCAUUCAAUGCAAACAUUUUUGAGAAGAAACUCCCAUCAAAUUUCCAGUGACAUCAUCUGACACAAACGCAAGCGUUCCAUCUUACAAUGGCAACAAAAGUGUCCUCUAAGCUGCCCACCCAGGAUGACCAGUCGGUCACAGCAGGCUGGCUCACCUCGGGAUACUCCACCUACCAGGUGCAGUCUUUCCUGGGGCACGGAGCCUUCAGCAGUGUUGCUAAAUGCACGAGGAUGGACGACAUGAAGACAGUGGCCAUCAAAAUGAUGAAGAGGCAGGGCUCUUAUGUGGAGCACGCAAAGUUAGAGGUGGCCGCUCUGAAGAAACUGAAAUCACUGGACCCGGACGAAUGCAACCUUGUUCGAUGGUACCGGUCCUUCGUUGACAGGGGACACAUUUGUCUGGAGUUUGAGCACCUGGACCAAAGUCUGUUUGACUUAAUGAAUGGGAGGAAUUUCCGACCUCUCCAUCUGAACGAGAUCAGACUCAUUGUCCAGCAGCUCGCCUGCGCACUCGGCCACUUGAAGGCCGCUGGGAUAAUACACGCAGACCUCAAGUUGGAAAACGUGAUGUUGGUCAACCAUCUGCAGGAGCCGUUCAGAGUGAAAGUUAUUGACUUUGGCCUCGCUCAGACUGUGCGGUCUGCCCAGUUGGGCUCAUACAUUCAGACACGUCCAUACCGGUCUCCAGAGAUCAUCCUGGGGUGUUCAUACACAGAGGUGAUAGAUAUGUGGUCUCUGGGCUGCUUGGUUGCUCAGUUGUUCCUCAGCACCUCGCUCUACCCUGGCAGUUGUGAAUAUGAUAUGAUCAGGUACAUAGUGGAGACUCAGGGUCAGCUGCCGGAAAACAUUCUCACCUUUGGAGCGAAAACAUGCUUUUUUUUCCAGGGAGACAACAGCUCCACCAGCACUUUCUGGAAACUCAAGACCCCAGAGCAGUUCCAGAGAGAGACAGGGAUUCAGCCAAAGGAGACCAGGUUGUUAAAGCUCACCUCACUGGACAACCUCCUGGACAUCCGGAUCAUUGACUGUGAAAAAGUCGUGGACAGGCUUGCAGAGAUGAGUGAUGUGCAGAUGUUCGUGGACAUGCUGAAGGGAAUGCUUCAGCUCGAUCCUGCCAGACGGAUUACACCUCAUCAGGUGCUGGAGCACCACUUCACCAGCAUGCACCACUUUAUCAACUUGUACCCCGGCAGCUCCUAUGUUAGUUCUGCCUCUCAUAUGAUGGACGUCAGCUGGAACAAGUCGCCACCUUCCCACAGUGGGAAAGCUGCAUGUAAACCGCAGCGGAAGUCACGCUCCAGGACCACCAAGGCCAUCCAGCCCGCGGGUUCAAACAGGUCAGGGGGGAAGAGAAAGGUAGUUGAUGUAGUCGGACAUGCAAACACCGUGUCCACUGCUCCUGCGAGCGAGCCGGACACGACCCGCCCCUGCAGUGUCAGAGAACAUCUGGCAAGAAGCAUCCUCAAUGAUCAUACGUAUGCGAGACGGGAAAAGCCACGUCCUUCAAACAGCGCCGAGACAGAGAGACCGGCUCGGCCCAGACGGACAAGAAAGAGACCAGUUGAUGAAGAUGUGCCGCCUAGAAAAAGAACCACAAAGAGGUGCGGUAAAAAAAGCUCUGCAGGACCCUCCACGUCGGGCUGAAGCAGCAGACGUGUUGCCCCACCAUCUCUCAAGGGCUGGGCCAGAUGUAGACCACCUCCAACUCAGUUCACCUUCCAAACAGCACCGAGACAGAACGACUCCGUCAGAUCAUGAAGAUGUGCUGCCUCCGAAACAGGAUAAGAGAACUGCAACUGGAAAUGAACCAUGAUAUUUAAAUUGUUAAUGAUUAAUUUAAAAAAGGAUAAUAUGAUCAAAUAAAAUGAAAAAUACCUGA